AUGACAUGCAAUAUGUUCAAGACUAGCUCGAUAAGGCGAAUCCUGACACCGAAACUGGUAUCUACUUCCCGUCGCCAACCACGCGGCAACUUGUUCCGUCUACCCUCCCGGAAUAUCCCCAAGCGACAGUUUUGCGUUAGCAUAACGCGUGCGUCCAACUCCAAGGAUGAAGAUACAGCCAACGUCUGGAAACUGACCUAA